AUGACUCGUGAGGUGGAUAUGUUUAUUUGCAUGGGUUUUAUAGGGCAUUGUGCAUUGUGGUUUUUGGAAGGAGCUUGUACGUUGGACACUAAAGCUACUAAGCCAUGUCAAGGCUUAUUCAAAACCCAGUUGAAAAAAUCAUUGAAGCCGCAAAGGUUUCGAUCGCCAAGCUCUCGAGUUGUGCUGUCUGCUUCCAAUAAGGAAACGUUGCCAGUUGAAGCUGAGAAUGUGGGUUCUGGUUGGUACUUCAAAGUCUCAAUUCCAGAGCGGAAGCAGAAUUUCUGCAUUAUAUACACUGUUGAGAACCCAGCGUUUCAAAAGAAAUUGUCAGGCUUGGAGGUGGCACAGAAUGGACCUAGAUCAACAGGAGUUGGAGCUCAAAUUCUUGGGGCUGAUGACAAGUUUAUCUUCCAACACUCUGAAGAAUCUCAAAACUUCUGGGGAAGUAGGCAUGAGCUGAUGUUGGGGAAUACUUUCGUGGUUCAGAAAGACAAGCAACCUCCAACUAAGGAGGUUCCUCCUCAGGAGUUUAAUGGAAGAGUUUUGGAAGGUUUUCAAGUCAGUCCAUUUUGGCAUCAAGGUUUUAUACGUGAUAAUGGCAGGACAGAUUAUGUUAAAACCGUGAAAACGGCACGAUGGGAGUACAGUACUCGGCCCAUUUAUGGAUGGGGUAAUGUUGGGUCUAAACAAAAGGCUACCGCAGGCUGGAUAGAGUGGGAGGGCGAAAGAAUUGAGUUCAAAGAUGCUCCUUCUUAUUCAGAAAAGAACUGGGGUGGAGCCUUCCCGAGAAAAUGGUUUUGGCUUCAGUGUAAUGUCUUUGAAGGUGCAAGUGGAGAAGUUGCUUUGACUGCAGCUGGUGGGUUGAGGCAAUUGCCUGGACCAGCUGACUCUCAGAUAUAUGAAAAUGCUGCAUUGAUUGGAGUACAUUUUGAUGGUACUUUCCAUGAAUUUGUGCCGUGGAAUGGUGUUGUGAAUUGGGAAAUUUCUCCAUGGGGUUACUGGUACUUGACUGCAGAGAAUGAGACACACUUGGUUGAAUUGGAGGCAAGAGCAAAGGAAUUGGGAACACCUAUACUGGUUCCAACAGUGGAAGCUGGCCUUGCUCCGGCUUGUAUGGAUACAUGUUCUGGUGUUCUGAAAUUGCAAAUGUGGGAACGGAGACAGGACGGAACUAGGGGAAAGGCAUUCCCUUCUGAUGGAGUUGUCUCCACCAUACCCUCAAACUUAGAUCGAACCCAUGUCAAGCAUUGGUCAAUGUUGUGUGGGAAGGAGUGCACCAUGCACAUCAGAGCUUGUUUUGCAGGUGGGUCCCUAGAAGCACUGUAG